AUGCCGUUGGACGAGCUGACAAAGAAAAGAAGAACACGCGCAGCGCACAGAGGUUCAGCAACGAAGAUAGGGACGAAGAUAAAAGAAUGUUUAGCGAAUACGAGUGAAACGCCUCAAACGGACAAGAAUGUGAUGAAACAGCUGAGAGACACGCUGAGCGAGAAACUCGAAGCCUUGAAACUUUUAGAUAACGAGAUUGUCGAGAUACUAAGUAAUAGUGAAGCCGAAGACGCAGAACAACAGCUGGAAAAGGAAAUUCAGGAGACAGAUGAUACGCGAGCUGAAUUACAAAAAAUAAUUCUCGACGUGAAUGACGCAUUGUUCGAAGUCUUGCCGUCACUACCACAAGGUCAAAGUACACCAUCGAAUCUGAGUAUGAACGCUACACCCAAACAGACUGUUCGCGCAAAGCUCCCAAAGUUAGAGGUCAAAAGAUUUAAUGGGAAAAUUCAAGAGUGGCAAGAAUUUUGGGACUCCUUUGAUAGUUCUGUAAAUCAGAAUGACGCUCUAUCAGAGGUAGAUAAAUUCGCGUAUUUGAAAGGUCUACUGGUUGAUCCCGCGCAGACAACUAUCGCAGGGUUCACGUUGACAGCAACGAACUAUAAAGUUGCAUUAGAACUCCUGAAGACACGAUAUGGGAAGAAAAUGGCGAUACAGAGAGCUCAUAUUCAAGCGUUAAUGAACAUAAAGCCAGUAUACAACGAGCGAGAUGUGCGUCGACUACGGGAAUUGUACCAUGCCUGUGAGACAAACUGCCGAGGUCUGAAAACCCUGGGAGUGGACGAAAGUUCGUAUGCUACGAUUGUUGUUCCGGAAAUACUCGACAAGCUGCCGGAAUCCCUUCGUUUGACGAUAACUCGUGGGUCAAGUGCAGGUGGAUCAGAUUUUCUAAAUUGGACGAUGAAGGAUAUUCUAAAGGCACUUUUAGAUGAAAUUGAAUUACGCGAAGCACACGAGUCAUCUACGACGAACACGUCAAAACAAGAAGGAAGGAAAUCACAGUUUCUAGAUGGAUCGGCGGCUGCUCUUGUUAAUCAUACCACCAGGGAAGGGAAGCCAAGAUGCGUAUAUUGUUUACAAGAACAUUUAUCACAAGAUUGUAAGAAAAUUCAGAAUGCUGGUGAGCGUAAACAGAUACUUCGUAAGUACGGACGGUGUUACAUAUUAGUACAAAUUACAAAUUACAUAUACAAAUUACAUAUUGGUAGUAAUUGUUUAAAUACGAGUAAAUGUAAUGCAUGCAGUAAACGACAUCAUAGUUCUAUUUGUGAGAGCCAUGCUAAUGGGUCUAUAACCGCUGACGUCGUUCAUUCCACACAUUCGUGCGUUGGGUCAGCAAAUAGAGUAGCAUUGCAGACAGCUCAGGCUUUGGUGAUUGGAGGAAAGGAGAAUGUGAGAGUGCGGGUUAUGUUUGACUCAGGAAGUCAACGGUCAUUCGUUACGGGCAAGGUAGCUCAGAAGGCAGGAGUGCCAGUAAAGAGGAGGGAAUGGGUAGAAAUUAGAACGUUCGGACAGGAGAAAGUUGAAGGGAAGUUGAGAGAAGUGUUUGAAUUGAGUGUAGCCCCAGUACAGGGGGAGAGAGUGUUAGCAUUGAAGUUUAUGGAGUAGACAGCAUUUCACAGAUUAGGAAUGAGCAUGUAGAGACAAGGAAGAAAGAUUACCCACAUUUGCAAGGGUUAUGGUUUUCCGAUGUUUGUAAGACCAAGAAUGUGUUAGAAAUAGAGUUACUAAUUGGCGCAGAUUAUUUGUGGUUAUUUCAAGAAGGGCGUACGGUUAGGGGCAAGAGUGAUGAACCUGUUGCGGUACAAACCAAAUUAGGAUGGGUGUUGUCAGGUCCACUGAAGAGUAGCUCUGAAGAUGAUGAUGGUCCUACAUCGUGUGCACAGGUAAGUGUAAACCUUAUUGGGCAUGUAACAUCUAAGAAUAGGUCCCUUGAAGCAUGUGUUGAAAAAUUAUGGGAUUAUGAAACGUUAGGUAUAAAGCAUGAAGAGGAAGCUAGUGAGUUAUUAAAUGAUUCAAUACAUUUCAAUGGCCAACGACAUAGUGUAAGUUUACCUUGGAAGGAAGGACAUAGUUUAUUGCCAACUAAUUAUAGCUGUAGUGUGCAGAGAUUAAAGGGACAGCUUUUAAGAUUAAAGAAGGAGCCAGAAGUUUUACAAGAGUAUGACAGAGUAAUUAAAGAACAGUUAGAGCUAGGUAUUAUAGAACCAGUUGUAGAGUUAGAGAGAGCUGAUAAGAUCCAUUAUCUACCACAUCAUGCGGUGGUUCGUAAAGAUGCAAAGACCACUAAGGUCAGGGUUGUGUAUGAUGCAUCGAGUAAAGAGACUAAGAAAGGUGUAUCUUUGAAUGACUGCUUGCAUGUUGGGCCACCUCUAUCCCCGUUGUUGUAUCACAUUAUAUUGCGUUUUAGAGAAAAGCGAAUAGCGCUUGUAGCAGAUAUAGAGAAGGCUUUUUUAAAUAUUGAAAUUGAUCCGUGUGACAGAGAUUGUUUGAGGUUCCUUUGGGUGGGUAACAUACAUGAAAAUGAGGUGAAGCCAGUAGAGUAUAGAUUUUGUAGAGUUGUUUUUGGUGUGAACUGUUCACCAUUUUUGCUGAAUGUCACUCAACACCAUCUUGCCCGCUUUUCGAAGGGUAAUCCUGAAUUGACUCGAAAGUUGAAGGACGGCUUUUAUGUUGAUGAUGAACUGGAGAACAAACCCCUGAGCAUGCAUUAUCAUUAUAUGAGCCUUCUAGUAACAAUUUAGCUUCUGGGAGGUUCAAGCUUAGGAAAUGGCUCAGUAAUAGUAAACUUGUAUUAGAGAAAAUCCAAUCAAAGGAAGAAAUCAAGCCUGAUAGAGGAAACUUGGCAUGUGAAGGGACAUUUGCUAAGUCAUCCCUUUGCAUGACAGGCAAGAAUGACACAUCAGAGAAAGUUCUUGGGUUAGCUUGGAAUUGUACAACUGAUGAGCUUCAGUUUUUGUUUCAGGGUUUAGUUGAGAAAGCAAAAUCGCAACCUGUUACCAAACGCAAUAUUCUUAGAAUAUUAGCUGGGUUUGAUCCAUUGGGAAUUCUUAGCCCAACGGUAGUAAGUAUUAAGAUGUUGUUUCAAGCACUGUGUUUGGACAAAGUAGAUUGGGAUUCUGAACUAAAGGGAAAAUAUUUGAAGCAAUGGUUAGGUUGGGUUCAUGAUCUUGAAGUUGUAGGUCAAAUUAUGAUACCAAGGCGUGUGUAUGGAAAUCCAAAUGUUCAUUACAUGAGUUUGGUGAUGCUAGUUUGAAAGCCUAUUGUGCAGUUGUGUAUUAUGUCUGUGAAUUAAGUUCAGACAAGACUAGUUACAAAAUUGUAGAGACUGAUGCGACAAAGGUUAAGCGUAGGUUUAGGCAUCUAGCGAAAUUGCGAGUUCACUUUUGGGAGAUAUGGAGAAAAGAAUACUUGACAAAUGUAAGAGAGCAUCAUAGAAGUAAGAGGGAGAAGAGGGAUAGUAAAGUGAAGAAGGGAGAUGUAGUUUUAGUAUUUGACGAGAACCUUAAGAGAGGAUUUUGGAAGUUAAGUAGGAUUGAGAGUUUAAUUGUCGGUAGAGAUGAAAUGGUUCGAGGAGCGAAAGUGAGAGUGAUGACUAAAGGAAAUCCAGUAUAUCUUAAUAGACCAGUUCAGAAAUUGUAUCCUGUAGAGUUAAAUGAGAAUGGAAGCAGUACGGAAGAAAAAAAGGAUAAUAAAGUUGAAAAUGUAGUGGAUGGGUACGAUAACCAGAAAGGAAAGACGAAAAUUAAUGAGAAAGGAAAGACGGAAAUGAAUGAGAAAGACGGAGAGAAGGAUAAGGUGGAAAGCUGUGUCCAUAGUAAUAGACCUAGGAGAGCAGCAGCGUUGGAUGCACGUUGGAGAACACAAGUCAUGUUUGACCCUUACAGGCUCAAAGAGGGAAGUGUGUAGAAUAAUUUGUAACAUUAUACUAUUGAUAACGCCGUAGGAGACCAAACAAUGGGUGAUUUAGUUGAUUGACGUAGGAAAUGUAUCGUAUGUCAUGAAUAAUAUACUUCGAAUUGAUUGUCAGACUGAAAGCACGAGAGAAAACCAGAAGGAUUGUUUGUUAUAUAUUUUAUCGUUUGAAUAGUUUAAAUAAAUAUGUUUUAAAGUACGCGUGUGUGUUCUAUUUCCGAUGGUAUUGUUCUGAUAGUAUACAGUCCCCACGAAGCGCAACUGUCUUGCGGUGUAAGACAGAAAAGUGCAACAGUACAUGAAACGACUGUUACUGUUAGCCAUUAAUUUAGUAUGCAGGAAGCGCGGAAAAAAUGUUUCGACUUGUAUCCCUUUUCCUAGGUGAAAAACUUUGCCUGAAAAUUUGCACAGUUAUUAAUAUAGUUAUGGAAAAUCGAUUUUUAUUAAAACGAAGACCGGCUUUUUUGUUAUAAUACAACUUUUCGGCUUGGUUUUGCCAUGGUCUCACUCGAAAGGACAAGGUCAAUGUAGCCAUGUUUGGCCAUGAAACUCAAACCGCGGAAAAAUAUUUUUAUUUAUAUCUUUUUUCCUAGGUGAAAAACUUGGCCUAAAAAUUUUCACAGUUGUUGAUAAAGUUAUUGAAAAUCGAUUUUUAUUAAAAAGAAAACCGGCUUUCAUUUAAAAACAUGAUUUUUACCUGGUUUUAACCUGGUCUCACAUGAAACGACAAAAGCACUGUAAGCUAUUUUUACUCAUGAAACACGAAGCGCGGAAAAAAUGUUUUGACUUGUAUCUUCUUUCCUAGGUGAAAAACUUGGCCUAAAAUUUUGCACAGUUAUUAAUAGUCUCACAUGAAACGACAAAGGCACUGUCAGCUAUUUUUACUCAUGAAACACAAAGCGCGGAAAAAAUGUUUUGACUUGUAUCUUCUUUCCUAGGUGAAAAACUUGGCCUAAAAUUUUGCACAGUUAUUAAUAAAGUUAUUGAAAAUCGAUUUUUAUUAUAAAGAAGACACACAAACACAACUGUUUGGCUUGAUUGGCCAUGGUCUCACUCAAAAGGACGAGGUCAAUGUAGACAUGUUUGGUCAUGAAACUCAAACAGCGGAAAAAUAUUUUUAUUUGUAUCUUUUUUCCUAGAUGAAAAACUUUGCCCAAAAAUUUGCACAGUUGUUGUCAAAGCUAUUAAAAAUAGGUUUUUCUUAAAAAGGAGACCGGCUUUUUUGUUAAAACAUGAUUUUUUUACCGGCACUGUCAGCGAUUUUUACUCAUAAAACACUCAGCGAUUUUUAAUCAUGAAACACGAAGCGCGGAAAAAAUAUUUCGACUUGUAUUUUUUUCAGUUCUCUAUGACGUUAAAAGAGAGUCCCAAGCUAUAGACUCGUAGCAAAAACCGUAUCUUUAGAAAAAAUAUUCGUUUCAACCACUUUAUGUCUUUAAAAGUGCACUGACCUAGUGACCUUUUCAGGCUGUUCUAGACAAACCACAUUUUCUUUACAAUAUUCCCUCUUGACUGUAGCAUAAACUUGAAGUACAUAAACCUCUCAUUCCAUAUAGUUCAUCUCAGAGGUAAAUCGUUUUGGUGUUCAUUUGCAAAUGAGUUUCAACUAGGCCAUGACCAUGUUUCUUAUUUUUUAAACUCUUGCCGUGUCUUUCUUUUCAAAUGUUGAUAUUCGAAUGAGAAUUUCCAAUAUUCGAAAACCUACUGGGGGGUCCGCGCAUCACACAUAGAUCAGGGGCAUCGUUGCCGUUUCCACGCCCGUGUUUUAUAGCGCCCUGAUUUUUAUGUAGUUUCACCGCGCUUAUUAAAAGUGGUUGAACACUAAACGAACUCCUAUUCGGCUCUUCCCACGAAGUGCUCGUAUCGGGAACGCGGCACCUUCCAUUUAGUUCGGAGAGUCUGUUUAGUUCGGAGAGUCUGUUUCCUUCCGAUUGCAGACCAUGUGUAAGCUUCGAUGUGGUGGUGACUUGGAACGAAUACAAUAUGGAGGUCAGCUGUGAAAUUUCGAGCUCACUUAGUCAUACGAAUUUUAUCCUGGAGAAUAUCGAUCUAGAGCCCAUUAGAUUGUUAAAUAAUCAAGCUUACCUAACUUAUGAUGGCACCCGCAUUAAAUUGGCUCAAGACUUUUCAUCAUUACAGAAUUUUGUUAAAAACGUCGCUGGACUAAGCGGUGAAUAGAGAGUUUGAGCAAGACAACGAAGUACGAAGACGAAGGCAUACUUGACAAUAUUUGCCGUCUGUACAUUAUCUUGCUCAUACUGAGUUGGACGUCACUGGUGGUUGCACAACGUGUCUUCCCAUGUGUUGAUGUUUAUGAAUACUGACCAUAAUUCUUGCCCUGAUCCAGAAAAAAACAGCGAGACAUGAAACUAUAUCCCGUCUUUGUCCUUCUGCCUUCGUGCAGAACGAAGUUCACAACGAAUUUUGCCAAAAUAUUCGUUGUGAACGAAGGCAGAAGAACGAAGACUGGAUAUGGAUUCAUAUCUCGCUGUUUUAUCCUGAUCAGGGUAAGGAUUUAGGUCAGCAUUCACAAACAGCUAGACAUGAAUCUCUAAUCUGUCUUCACUCCUGACCCUAAACUCAGAAUGCUUAAGGUAAUGUGCAAGACAGGCAAAAAUUGUCAACCACGUCGUCGUCGUCCGACUUCGUUGUCUUGCUCAAACUCUCUAAUGGGAGUCGCCCGGCGGUAGAGCAGAACGAGUUAAUGGCUCGAAUCUCGAUUUUGUUAUGACUUGGUAUCCGGGAAAGCUAAACUCUUUGAUAUUCCACGGUAAAGAAGGCGAAUCAUUCAAGAAAUUUCUGGUGCGUAUUUUACAAACAAACUCUGCAAAUCAAGCAGACGGUAUCACGGACGGAGUAUUAAAUACAACAACCGAAACACCCCUUGAACCUAAUCUUUUGUCGGGAGAUUUAGAAGAAACUACCAACAAUACUAGCACUCAUAUCAAUUCAUCUGUGUAUAAUGGUUAUUGCUGUGAAAGCAGAAUCGAUAGUAAGGUUUUGAAGGAUAUUAAAUCGGACGUCGCGGCUUUACAAACACAAAUGAACUCUGUCAAUGCAAUCAUAGACUCCAGUAGCGCAAUUAUUGAGUCCAUGAGUGCUAUUCUGGUACCUUCAGGUCCCGAGAGUGGCCGCGUACCUUAUGAUCUUAGACUCGAAACGUUUCUCCAAGAGUUUUCCGUAAUUUUAAAAGAGAAGAACAUGGCUGUUACAAAUCUUCAGGAGAAGUUAAUUCAAGUCGAAAACGAACGUGAUUUUUUGAAAUUUGCAUCUCAAAAUCUGGACAAAAACACACCGGCCAAAUCUAUAAUUAAUGAGCCCCUUAAACAAAAAAGCAAUCAAAGCAACGGAAAUGCUAAUUUAGACAUAAAUAUACAAAGUGCCGACUUCAACAAAGAAAAUAACAGAUCAUUGUACAUCCCCUUGCCUGUAACACCUCCCAAUGGUGUGCUUUUAAAAUCAGUAAAUAACUUAACUGAUAGCAUGUCCGAUGAGUCGUUCAAGCCAAGAAACCACAACAAGCUUUCCGAAAUUCUAAUUAAUAAGGAUUCUAAACAAAGGACAAGCCAAGACGUAGAGGUAAAUUAUCUACACCGAAUACAAAAUUUAAUUUUGUUGACAAACAUAAUCGUCAUAAGAUAGCACAUGACAAGGUCGAAUACGUUCCUUUAGAGAAACGUAAGAAAAAUCCUUUUCGGAAACAUUAUUUCCGAUACAAACCACCUUCUCUCCUUCGCCGACCGACCAAAGAUUGGCUAAACCACUUAAACCUUGUCCACAUAAUAACCACGGACAGCCCCCACAAGAACCGGUUUUUGAAUAAAAAAAAUUUCCACAACGGCCAUCACCAGUUCGAAUCACGAACAGACUUCCAAAGAAAACGUGUCACUUUUUCCCCCUUCUCGGGGCGGUACGGUAUUCAGUGGAAACGUUAACUCUAAUAAUAGCGGAAUGGGGGAAUCAUCAAGUUUUUGGGAGCUCAAUCUUGGCAAUUCCAGGAACACCUCAUUGUCGCACGAAGCAGAUAAUAUGCUAACCCAAAUCUCGUCGUUUUUACCCCCUCAAAACAUUGUAAGUGCCAUUUCACAUAACCAGGAACUUAACAAAUACCCGAUUCCUACAAUCAUGAAACCCAGGAAAAAUAAACGACCUGAGUGCAUCAGUGUCCCUGAUUAUAGUUCAUUAAUUCCCUUGCGGAGAUCAGUUACAAUUCCACGCUUCCCCAAGGUUUGGUUUAGUAAUGUUAGGUCGAUAAGUUAGACGAGGUCUCAGCAUCAAUUUCCACCGAAUUAUACGAUGUUGUUGUAAUUACUGAAACAUGGUUAAAUUCGCGAGUAACUGAAGAACUUCUUCGUAUACCUUGGCUAUGUAUCGUGGCGAAGGGAUAG